UGUUAUCUUUUCACACCAUGCCAGCGAAAUCACUAUUAUCAAUGAACAGAGAUUGAAUCAGAAAGCAUUUGGACAGACGCUAACAAUGGUGUAUGCUAAUGCUCGAUCUUUACUCGUUUACUAUGCAUUAUUUAUGAUUGCUCAACUGUUCACUUUGACACUGGUUCUAGAUGCAAUUUGUCAGAAGAAUACAAUUCAAUUGAUUGCCCUUGUCGCCUUUGAACUAGGCAUGAGCGCUUACACUAUUAUUCAAUUCCAUCAAUCCUCAACAUUAUUCACAAAGUAUAAUGACGAUACGAGUAUACAACUUGUCAUAGCAUUCCUAGGAGAGGACAGUUUACAUGCCUCCAGAUGGGCCGAAAUAUCACAAAUUUGCGUCAUGUGUAGUGCGUCGACUGUCUUUAUCUUUUUAGCUUACAAGUUAUAUUUGGAGUUCGGAUGGCAGAUAUACAAAAAGAUAGGAGCCGAUCUGGCCAUGCGAGACCGCUACAAAAUGUAUCAAAUAUUCAUGAUGUUGCUGAAAUUUGAUUUCUUCUUCUUUAUCGGAUUCUCGAUUCAAUACUUGGUUUUAUUGAUAGUCACUUGGCUACCUGAAGCAGCACAGGACACAAACGCUAGGUCGAGCAUUAUCAAAGAACUGAUUGCUCAUAUCGUUUCAAGUUGUUUGGUGUCUAUAAUCAUGCUAGUAUUAGCGUAUUUAGGGCUACGGAGGGAACUCAAAUUGCACAUGUACUUAUUCAUUAUCUUAUCCAUGGCAAGUAUGGCCUACUUUAUCUAUAUGCUCGUGACCAUAUCGAAGAAUCCAGAACGCUUCUUGGGUUCAAAAGUUUUCUUGACAUUCUUCUUAUGUGUUGACAUGGUGUUGAUAUUGGCUUCUGUACCUUCUGCCAUCCUUUGUCUUAGAAAUUUUAAUCAAGGAUUACUUCACCAUAGUAAGAUUUAAGCAUAGUACUUGUCAUCAUGUAUUUUUGGAUGCUUUAUCAGCAUUGACUUUGAUGUCUACAUCUGUAUAGUAUCACACGGCGGAACUUUUUUCUUGGGUGGCAACCGUCGAGUAUCAUCCUCAACUACACGAAUUUUUGAAAAGUCAAAUCAGCCUCGAGAUGACGGAGAGGAAAUGGAAAGCGCUGAAGGAAGAAAUUUGGAAAAUGAAAGAAUAAUAAUAAACAGAAGUAGAGGAGAAGAAAGAUGGUCCAUAGAAUAACUAUAGUCAUGGUUUGGUUUGCUCAAUUAUCCUGAACUAUAACAUUUAAAUCAAUUGAUACCAGCAAAAUAAGUGCCUAU